AUGGCGUCGGCCUCAGCGCACAAGGGCGCCGGCUUUGACUUUUCGAACGAGGUUCGGUAUGUACGAUUUCGGAACUCUUUCCUCACCGACCGCGGCAUCCCGCUCCCGAAGGCGACAAGCACCGGUACCACCAUCGUGGGCUGCCUGUCUAAAGACGGAAUCAUCCUGGGCGCCGACAGACGUGCAACGGCGGGCCCCAUCGUUGUGACCAUGCCCAAGCAGAUGCUUUUCCGAUGUCACCGGCUCCAACUGUUCACUAUCCACCCACGUGGCUCAACAUACAAACUCCCAUAUGUCACCGUGGGUUCUGGAAGUCUGACGGCCAUGGCGGUGUUUGAGGCAAACUGGAAGCCCAACAUGGAGCGCACUGACGCGCUCGACCUCGUCUGUGCCGCGAUCUCCGCUGGGAUCUUCACCGAUCUCGGCUCUGGCUCCAACGUCGACGCGUGCGUCAUUACGGCCUCGCACACCGAGAUGCUCCGCGACUACGUGAAGCCGAACGAGCGCGUGCAAAAGGAGCGCACGUACAAGUUCCGCCGGGGGACGACCGAGAUCAAGAACGACGAGAUCCGCGCGCUCGCGGUUGAGGAGGACAUCACGUACAUCCCGACUGCGCGGGGGCGGCGGGCGACGUAA